UUUACGUUUAGUUAACAAUGUUUGACGAUUGCAGUUGUAAUAUAUUUUUCCAGUUAGCAACAUUGCCAUUCCAUUGUCAAAAAGAUAAAUAAUUUUGCUUUUUGUAAAUGCUGUAAAAACUGCAAUUUUCCUUUUCAGGUCGUUUUCAUAAUAUUCAAAGAUGUUGAAAUUAAGCGGGGCACUGAUUUGGAGGUUAGGUUCAAGGGCAGUUGUGAGGAAAUACUCAGGCCCCAGCGCUACAGUAUUCAAAACUGAGAAGCUGGACCUAUCCACAAACAUAGCUGAUAAAAAGGUUGAAGGUCUAACGGGGGAUGACAAGGAUAAUUCAGGUUUAGUAGCAGCAGCAUUUGCAUCCCUACACAAUAUAGACCCGGUUGAGAAAAGCAAGCCGAGUCCAAAAUCUGUGAAGUACAAUAGGCUAGCACAGAUUGAGAAGCAGAUAACCAACGCAUCAGAUUUAAAUACUUUGCUAGUGGUUGCUGAAAACCCUGUUGUGUCACGAAGACAUGCUUUGAAGAUGGUAUCAAUAUUAUCAGAAUGGACAACCAGUAGCAAAGUCAAGUUAGCAGAUUUUGAGAAGGAUGCCCGGUUCCUCAAGCUGUGCCGUAUCCUGGCCAGGUCUUCGUCAACCCAUGCAAUAGGUUCCCUGACCAUGGCUGAGGAUUUGAGCACAGUUUUGGGCAUCACUGGUGAUGAUGAGGCUGCCAGAUUGAUUACAAACUUGACUUUGCCGCAGAUGAUUAAAGUAAUGAAAGCGCUUCAACAAAAAGGUCGACGUAGUACCCCACUCCUCCGCGCUCUCUCACACAACAUCACCAACCAGACCGAGGUCAUUGACCUAAAGAAGUCAGCUGAUCUCCUGUACGCUAUGGCAUCACUCAACUUCCCCGAUCCUGUGUUACUUGAUAGGAUUUGCGAUGACGUAAUAACCUGCCUACCCUCAAACGAAGAGAAGUCAGCAGUCGUGAACUCCAUCACAGUGUCCCUAGGGCUUCUGAAGUACAGACACGAACCAGUCCUCACGGCGAUCGCUGAUUGGCUACAAAACCACAUACAGCUGUGUAGGGCGACGGAUAUCGCGUCGGCUGUGGUUACCAUGGCAACCGUUGAUUAUUUGCCGCCUACGCAAUCUACGUCAGCUUUGCUUGAAACAGCCCUAUCCCUCAAAGAAGAAGAGAUGUCCAAGUCGUCAUCAUGGCUAGACCUAGUGUUCUCCCUGCUGACCCUGAACAAAGCUCAGAAACAUCACCUGGAGUCCACGCUGAAGCCUGAGUUCAUUGACAAGUUGCUGUCUGCUGGUGAAAUACCAAUCCCCGCCCGUCGCAAGCUAAUGAUGAUAGAUUCCUACCUAUCACUGGUCCACCCCGGUUCCCCGCGCCUGGCUGACCACAUCUCCGUCGGAGUCCCGGUAUUACACACCAAGGACAAGUCUCUAUAUGUACAGAGCAUUAUGGAUACUUUCAAGAGUUUUGUGUCUGCGGACACGUUUUUGAAAAGAGAGUGCAAUUCUGGUAUGGGGUUCUUGUAUGAUGCAGAAUUUGCUGUCGAUUCUAAGUGCCAUCCUGUUCCUUUAGAGAAAGCUAAAAAUAACAAAAGCGUUUUCCGGAUAGCGGUGCUAGGCUUGGACUACCACGACAUGACGCGCAAGACCACGGCGCCGCUCGGCAUCAACCAGCUCUACACUAGGCUACUCGAACUUAAGGGCUACAAAGUACUCCAGAUUCCAUACACAGAAUUUAAUCCUAAAGACAAGCUGGUGAGCAGAGUACAAUACAUAGAGUCAAAGUUAAAGCUAAUUGUUAGUAAUCACGGCCAAUCGUAGGCCUUUGUAGAUAUAUUGUAUGUACUAUAUAUUGUUUAAUGUAUGUAUGUAUGUCUGUUGGUAACUGCGUGGAAUGGAACGUGUGUAGCUACUGUCAUUUGUGAAAGGUACGGUCAGCAGAAAAAGUUUUGAUGUAAAAAUUAUUUUAUGGUUAAUGGAAUUAAGAUGUUUUUCAAGUAACUCUUUAGAGGGACUUGUGAAGAAAUAAGUCCUGAAUGAGGGUUCAUAAAUACGUUAAUAGGAAAACAGUAAGGAUUUACUUUUUGUACUCAAAAAAUAAGAUUUUUUUGCUGACUGUUCCUUUUUCUUGUUGAAAAUGUCUACGACAUUUACCAAAGCUACGACUGUGCCUAAAAAACGCAUUUUUAAACGAGAUUUAUUAUCCCGGACUUACGAAAACAUUAUGAAAACCGCACUCAAGGACUCUAAAAUAACCUUCAUUACAAUUAGAAAUAUACAGCUUUCGUCAUAUUACUUUGCCGGUCUGAAGUUGGCAAAAAGUAGUUAGUAGUGAUCAACAGUGACUUAUAAAAGAUUCCGACGAAUUGAGAACCUCAUUUUUUGAAGUCGGUUAUAAGUCGGUCUGCAAAUAGAUGAGUAAUAAUAAAUAAAUUAUAAUUCGUCGCAGGGCAUGAAACAACUUCAGAGCGGCAAAUCUAUUAGACUUGGAAAAAAACUGGUAAUAACUUGAAAUAUUCGUAGAUACAUUCUUUGUUACUAUUGUAUAUUAUGUAUUUGUUGUUUUUUUUCUAACGACAUGUGUUGUUAAAAUAUAAUGUAAGUAACUACAUAUAUAAUAUUUUUGUUAUGAAAUAUCUUACACUACACAACUCGACAGACGUUGAACUUAUGUUUUGUCUCUUUCGUUUUCUUUGUAACAAAACAAGAUAGCAGUAUACACAGAGUUAUGUUGUUAUAGACAGAUACAUCAUUUUAUAAAUACUUUAAAUCGAUGCUUUUAUAUGGUCGAAUGUUUUGAAUACGUAUUUCACAUAUUUUAGUUAAAACUGCGGUUACCAUACAUUUUUAGUUCGAAACGAACCGUAUUAAUAUUAAUUUAUUAGUUUAAUUUUUAUGCUUGGGAUUACAAUGGGAUCUUAUGUCCCACGUUGGGCGCCAAUAUCAAAUAUUCGGGGGCCCUUGUACUUAUGUCUUAAAAUAUGGGUUGCUCGUAAUAUUGGUAUUGGUAACCAAUGUUUGGAUGUAAAUUAUGCAUACAAAUAUGGCUUUGUAGAAAUAUGUUGUUUAAAAAAAAUCUUCAUGAAAUUAGUGUAAAUAUCUAGGAGUAUAAUAUAAUGUCAGAAAUUAUGUUAAUAACUCCUCAAAUUAAUUUGCCUAAUUUUUGAAGAAACUACAAGGCAACGUAUUAUUUUUCAAAGUGAUAUAUGUGUACAAAACUCAAUUUAGACAAAAACUGUUGACAAAUGUAUGAAUGUGUGCGUGAGACUGUAGAUACGGCUGUUAAUAUUAUUUAAAUAAAACAGAUUUAACAAUAAUAAA